CUUAUGUUGAAAAAGAGGGGGCAGAGCUGUAUUGAACAGGAUAACAGUUCAGGCAGACGUAGUGAGAAGGACAGACCGAAGAGACGAGCCUACAGCACAGCACAGCAUGGCAGAGAGAAGCACAACUGUCAGGGAGAAGAUCCCGAUAAAAUACGAAAAUCAGAAAGAAAUGCGGCGGCCGCGUGGCAGAAGACAAGGGAUAGCGCCCUUCUCACAUAUGGGAACCAUUGAAGUUAGAAAAAUGGGCUGAAAGAAGAAUACCAAUGUUUUGAUAUUUGAAAAAAUGUUUGUCAUCCGGAUGGUCGACCAUAUUUAUGACUAGGGGGAUUGGAAUGACCAAGACUUAAUCAAGGCCUGAACUGUCAUUCCCUCCCAAUGAAAUAAGAAGACAGCUAUGUACCCAAUUCUACUGGACAUUGAAGUGGAGACAACUGCUUUGUCAUCAAGAUGGCGACUGGGAUUUGGGAGCUAAUUGGAUUUUUGAAAAGCUGACUGCUUGGAUUUUUCUGGAUUUUAUUUGACUGUGUCAAUUGGAAUUACUUAAACUUUCACAUGGACUCUUGUGCUGGGGAUUCUUUGGACUCGGUUGUUUGAAUAGGCUAUUGUAAUAGUUGCUUUUACUGCAUUCAAUUAGAGUACUUUUCUACUUCUGUGAUUUCCUAAUGCGCUGUUAUUUAUAUUAAAUAAAACAAUGUGUUUUCACUAUUCUGACUCUUUCAUUGGUCAAUAUGCUACUCAAGAUUGUUACCAGACUAUAUUGUCUAUUUUCUAAAUGUGAAAAUUCUAAAUACAAACUGGUAUUUUCUGGGGAUUCUUAAUGCAUCCAGUCAGUGGAAGGGAUACAAUUUAAAAUUACAUAAAUAGUGCUAGCUAGUAAUUACUACCUUUACGUAGGAUUGAGGGAUGUAGUCGAAGGUAAACGCAAGUAACACAGUUUACGCAACUUUUUAUUUUGGGAAUCUUCACACCUAUUACGCUAAAGGUUUUUGCUGAAGUGUUUACGUUUACUUGUCUCCAUCUCGAGCAUUGCUUAGCAAUUUACCUUUGUGUACCACUACAUCCCUGGUGGGAUAAUUUCCUUUCAAGUUAAUUACAUCAUACACUUUGGGUACCAUUUAUACACUCUAGGUAGGACUUCUGUCCACAAAAUCUGAUUUGCGUAAUUAGAUUUUUUUUUAUACUGAAGUCAAGUUAAAGCGUAUGGCUUAUUGUGAUUAUUGCAGUCCAUGGUGAAGUGGCUGGCUAAUCCAGACUAUUAAUUAAACCAAUAAAAGUUAUACACUGCAGCUCUACAUAAUACAAAGAGUUGAGCUUUUGGCAAGAACUGAAAUGGUGUCCAAGGUUCUUUGCGUCUAAAAUGGCUCCUGAAGUCUUAUUUCCUGUCUGAACAGGAAGUGAUGGGUCUCAGUGUUUUAAAUAUUAUUGUUCAACUUUAAACCCAUCUUUGUUUCAAUAUGUGUCUAACUUUGUCAAAUGAUAUCCUCUUGAAGUGAAGAAACUAAAUUUAAAAAAAUAUAAAAAUGUAAUAUAGUUUUGCCGUUUUUAUACAAAAUUAAGGGGGUGGGACUUUUGGACAUCACCUGAGUGUGGGGUAAAUGGAAAUAACGUCAAUCAAAGGCAAAGCUUUCAGAGCUAGGAAGGAGCCCUAGAUGGCGGAUGAGCCUUGGGAAAGGGAACAAUUAACUGAGCUUUCGUCAGACCUUUUCUUUUUCAUGAAAUCAAGCUCGAAUAUGACGCGCUAUUAAUAUUUGUUUUACUUAAAAGAAAACGUGUUACUAUAGUGAACAGUGAAUUAGGUUUUCUGCGGUAUUUAAUGCGUUUUUCGUCGUGUAGAUCCGUUUUGCAGCGUGUAUGCGCGAGUCGUUGUUUUCUCUGCCUAGGUUUGGCAGCCAUGGCGCCCCUCCAUUUUUAGUGUGCUCUGUGAAGAGCUCUAGCAUUUCGUCUCAGUAUCACUUUUGUGAGGUUUCAUUAUCCUAUUAUCAACAUUUAGUUUUUUUGUGCCUGUUUAUUUUCAUUCAACCUUUUUAAAUGACAUUUAUUUUAAUUUUAAUGUCAUAAGUAUUAAAGUCUGCUUUUGCGGAUGUGAAUCUAACUUCAUUAUACCUUCCUGUACAUGGAAUAGUCAAUACCAGGACAUAAGAUCAUCAAAUCAAACGUUUUCAAGAUAAAACGACGAUGAAGAAUAAGAAUAAAAAGCAAGAAGAUGAAGGUUCGACUCAAAGCAACGCAUCAAGCAAUUCGGCCUCUGAAGAAUCAAACCACUCUGGGUCGGAGUCUGGGAGUCAGUCGGAGAGUGAACAGGGCAGGGAGAGGAGAAGAUCGCACCACUCUGGAGAGUCCAACAGUUCCUCUGAAUCUGGGAGCCAGUCUGGGUCUCAGAGUGAAUCCCAGCAAGCCUCAGCAGAGGUCAACGACAAACCACCAGUUAAAAAGAGAGACAAUCUGGCAGAUGUAAAGAAGAUGUGGGAAGAGCAUCCAGAUGUCUAUGGGGUCAGGCGAUCAAAUCGCAGCAGGCAAGAACCUGCUCGUCUCAAUAUUGGAGCCGGGGGUAGCAGUGACUCAGAAGGUGAAAGUCCUAAAAGAAAAGCAACACGACAAAAAAGGAAAGAAAAUACCUGGAAGAGUGAUUACUCGGAGCAGGAGGAGGAUGCCAGCAGUGCAGACAGUGAGCAGGAAGAGAAAGUUAGAUCCAGACGACUUCCUGCUAGAAGACCACAGACCAAAUCAUCUACAGUCAAAAAACAGCAGCCUCCAAAGGGAAGGAAAACCAGGAAACAAGAGUCAUCUGUGGAGGAAGAUGAUGAUGACGGUGAUGAAGAUACCCCAAAGAGACAAACCCGGCGAAGGGUGGCGGCCAAAGUCAGUUACAAGGAGGACCUGAAUGACUUUGAGACAGAUUCUGACGACCUGAUAGAGAUGGAGGGAGCUGAGGUGGAGCCGGAAGAUGACAGCGAGACCAUUGAGAAGAUCAUGGACACCAGAACAGGCAAAAAAGGAGCCUGUGGGGCUUCCACUACCCAGUAUGCUGUGGAGGAAAACGGGGACCCCGGAGCAGACUUUGACUCUGAGAAGGAUGAAGGAGAGACCCAUUACCUGAUCAAGUGGAAAGGCUGGUCCUAUAUCCACAACACCUGGGAGAGCAUCGACUCCCUCACUCAACAGAAGGUCAAGGGACUGAAGAAACUAGAAAACUUCAAGAAGAAAAACAAUGAACUCAAUGCUUGGUUGAACAAAGCAUCCCCUGAGGAUUCAGAAUACUACAACUGCCAACAAGAGCUAACCACUGACUUAAAUAAGCAGUUCCAAAUUUUGGAGAGAGUCAUUGCGACUAAAAUAGGGAAGACACAGGGACCGUCUGAUUUCCCUUCUCACAGCCACAAGAAUGCGUCGUCGUCCAAUGAGCCGGAGUACCUGUGUAAGUGGAUGGGCCUGCCCUAUUCAGAGUGCAGCUGGGAGGAUGGAGCUCUGCUGGGGAAGAAGUUCCAGCAAUGUAUAGACAGCUUCACCAACAGGAACUCCAGCAAAACAGUCCCCUCCAAAGACUGCAAAGUGCUGAAACAGAGGCCCAGAUUUGUUGCACUGAAGAACCAGCCAUUGUACAUUGGGGAUGAGAACCUGCAGCUGAGAGAUUACCAAUUAGAUGGACUGAACUGGCUGGCUCACUCCUGGUGCAGGUGCAAUAGUGUGAUCCUGGCUGAUGAGAUGGGUCUGGGGAAAACCAUCCAGACCAUCUCAUUCCUUUCCUACCUGUUCCACCAGCACCAGCUGUAUGGGCCCUCUCUGGUGGUGGUGCCCUUGUCCACCCUCACCUCCUGGCAGAGAGAGUUUGACACCUGGGCCCCCGACAUGAACGUGGUGGUCUACCUGGGAGAUGUGAUGAGCAGGAAAUCGAUCCGUGACUAUGAGUGGGUAUGCCAUCAGACGAAGAGAAUAAAGUUCAAUGCACUUAUAACCACGUAUGAAAUUCUACUGAAAGACAAGGCAGUGUUGGGGAACAUAAACUGGGCCUUCCUGGGUGUGGACGAAGCUCACAGGCUGAAGAAUGAUGACUCCCUGUUGUACAAAACCCUGAUCGAGUUCCGGUCCAACCACAGACUUCUAAUCACAGGGACCCCACUGCAGAACUCUCUCAAAGAGCUGUGGUCCCUUCUGCACUUCCUCAUGCCUGACAAGUUUGAGAAUUGGGAAGAUUUUGAAAGCGACCAUGGUAAAGGGACUGACAAUGGCUACCAGAGCCUCCACAAAGUCCUUGAGCCCUUCCUCCUGAGGCGUGUCAAGAAGGAUGUGGAGAAAUCCCUGCCUGCCAAGGUAGAACAGAUCCUCCGUGUGGACAUGUCCGCCGUGCAGAAGCAGUACUACAAGUGGAUUCUGACCAGGAACUUCAGAGCCUUGCAGAAAGGCACCCGAGGCAGCUCCUCUGGUUUCCUCAACAUCGUCAUGGAGCUGAAGAAGUGCACUAACCAUGGUUUCCUCAUCAGGCAGCCCGAGGAGGAGUGUGACACUCAACAGGAGCACCUGCAGGCAUUGGUGAGGGGCAGUGGGAAGCUGGUGCUACUAGACAAGCUGCUGACCAGACUUCGGGAGAGGGGCAACCGAGUCCUCAUCUUCUCCCAGAUGGUGCGGAUGUUGGACAUUCUGGCUGAGUACCUGGCCCUGAAGCGCUACCCAUUCCAGCGCCUGGACGGUUCCAUAAAGGGAGAAAUACGAAAACAGGCACUUGACCACUUUAAUGCUGAAGGCUCUGAGGACUUCUGUUUCCUGCUGUCCACCAGGGCUGGAGGGCUGGGGAUCAACCUGGCAUCUGCAGACACUGUGGUCAUCUUUGACUCUGACUGGAAUCCUCAGAACGACCUGCAGGCUCAGGCCAGGGCUCACAGGAUUGGCCAGAAGAAACAGGUGAAUAUCUAUCGCUUGGUCACAAAGGGAUCUGUGGAGGAAGACAUUAUUGAGCGAGCCAAGAAGAAGAUGGUUUUGGACCAUCUUGUCAUUCAGAGAAUGGACACCACUGGUCGAACUGUACUGGAUAACAACUCUGGAAAUUCUAAUUCCAACCCAUUCAACAAAGAUGAGUUGACUGCCAUCCUGAAGUUUGGAGCUGAAGAUCUGUUCAAAGAGGCAGAAGGAGAGGAGACUGAACCUACGGAGAUGGAUAUCGAUGAGAUCUUACGGUUGGCUGAAACCAGAGAAAGCGACCACGGAUCCAGUGCCACAGAUGAGCUUCUCUCUCAGUUCAAGGUGGCCAACUUCUCCAACAUGGAGGAGAGUGCUCCAGACCUGGUGGAGCGGACGGUACCUGACUGGGAUGACAUCAUCCCUGAGGACCAGAGGCGGAAGCUGGAGGAGGAGCAGAAGCAGAAGGAGAUGGAGGACAUCUACAUGCUGCCCAGGAGCAGGAGCUCCAACAAGAGGCCCCAGGCUAACGACAGUGACAGUGACAUUGGCUCCAAGCUGAAGCACCGUUCCUCAGGCUCUGAGAGCGAGACGGACGACAGCGGCGAUGACAAGAAGCCAAAGAGGAGAGGCAGGCCCAGAGCCCGCAAGAACAACGUGGAGGGUUUUACUGAUGCAGAGAUCCGCAGGUACAGUAUGUUCAUCAAGGCUUACAAGAAAUUUGCAGCUCCGCUUGAAAGGCUGGAGUGCAUUGCCCGGGACUCUGAGCUGGUGGAAAAAUCCCAGGCAGACCUGAAGAGACUGGGAGAGCUGAUCCACAACAGCUGUGUGACGGCUGUCCAAGAGCACGAAGAGCACCUCAGAGAGAACCCCAGUGAAGCCAAAGGUCCUGGGAAGCGCAGAGGUAUAAACAUCAAAAUCUCAGGAGUGCAGGUCAAUGCCAAGUCCAUCAUUCAGCAUGAGGAGGAGUUUGAGCCACUGCACAAAGUUGUGCCAGCUAAUCCUGCUGAGAGAAACAAGUUCCAACUGACCUGCAGAGUGAAGGUGCCGCACUUUGACGUGGACUGGGAUCUGCAGGAUGACACUCAACUGUUGCUGGGGGUCUAUGAGCAUGGCUACGGCAACUGGGAUCUGAUGAAGACUGAUCCCGAUCUCAAACUUGCAGACAAGAUUCUCCCCGACGACCCAGAUAAGAAACCCCAAGGGAAGCAGUUGCAGGGCAGAGUGGACUACCUUCUGAAGACGUUGAAGAAAGAAGUGGACAGUAAAGAAGUCACUAAGGACGAGGUCAAAGUGAAGCAGAGGAAGCCUCGGGUGAAGAAAGAGAACAAGGCCCCUAAAGAUGAGCAGGGAAAUUACAUUUCCUCCCCUCGCCUGUCAGACAACCCCUCCGAGGAAGGGGAGGUGAGGGAUGACGGGACAGAAAAAACUCCCUCAAAGAAGAGACAGAAGAAAAAGGAUAACAAAGAGAACAAAGAAAAACAGGGAACUCCUAAAAAAGAGGUGGAAAAAGACAAACGUCCCAAGACAAAAAAAGAAAAGGCUAAAGGAGCCAAAGGGAAGAAGCCCCAGGGGCCGGUCCACAUUACUGCUGGAAGUGACCCUGUUCCCAUCGGAGAGGAUGACGACGAGCUGGACCAGGAGACCUUCAGCAUUUGUAAGGAGCGCAUGAGGCCGGUGAAGAAGGCUCUGAAACAGCUGGAUAAGCCUGACGAAGGCCUGUCUGUUCAGGAGCAGCUCCAACACACACGCACCUGCCUGCUGAAGAUAGGAGACCGCAUCACUGAGUGCCUUAAAGCCUACAGCGACCCAGAGCAUGUCAAAACAUGGCGUCGGAAUCUCUGGAUUUUUGUGUCCAAGUUCACAGAGUUCGGAGCGAGGAAGCUUCACAAGCUGUACAAGAUGGCUCAGAAGAAGCGGUCUCAGGAGGAGGAGAAGGAGCAUAAAAAAAAGGGGGAUGACCCGUCGGGCAAGAAGUCUUUCAGAGCAGAGGCGUCUAGUUCCAGUCGAGACUCCAGCGGCACCCAGCCAUCGUCUAAGUCUCAUCCAGGCAUGCCUCGCCCCUCUCCCACAUCCCCCCAAGGUCACCACAGAGAAGGCUAUAACAAAUCCAACAACAGACACUUUGGAAAUGAUGAUCGAGGAGAUUGGCAGAGAGAUCGCAAAUACAACUACCCUGGAAAUAGCAAUCAGUCCUGGCAAGGCGAGCGACAUCAUCCAUAUGAUGCCCAUCGGUAUAAGGACCAUCACUAUGGCGACCGUCAUCCACGUGAAGACUCCUACCGCAGUAGCUGUAGUAGUUACCGUAGCGGCAGCAGCAACUCCCCGCGGAAGAGGCCAUAUGACCAGUAUGACAAUGACCAGGAUCACAGGGACCGCCGGGCCUAUUAUGACAGACAUCCAGACACCAAGCGGAGACGCGGCGAUGACUUCCGUCCUCCCCAAGACUUCAGGAGUGGAGGAGGCCAUCCCCAGGACUUCAGGGGGAGGAUGCUGGAGCAAAGGGGGCCAACAGGGCAAGAACACUUCCCCCGGCCCUAUCCAGACAACAAACCCCCUCCCCUGCUGGACCCACGCUCCCCACAGGCUCAGAAGUCCCCCCAGGACUCACGCUCGCCAAACGCAGAGCGGACUGCAGAGCGUAAAGCAGCAGGGGCUGAUUUAAACUGGAACAACAGGAAGACAUGAGGCCUGUCACUGAAUGGAAAGGUGUUGUCCAGGUGAGGAACACAGUGGUGCUGCUGAAGGACGGGUCUGGGCUGGCUAGACUCACUGUUUCGCUGUGCCAGACAUAACCUCAGUCGGAAACGGAAUUGACAAAUACUCUGUUUACCAGCAAACACCAAACUCUCCACAUUCCUCCCCCAGGUGUGAUUGUGGUAACGAUCUGUGUCUGUGCCCAUGUAGAAAAGUGUUCAACAUUAUGAAAUAUGUAUCACACUAAGAAAUGUUUUUGCUGUUGAAAUGACAGAUAAUCAAUCAGUCAGUGUUAGUGAUGAGUCUGUAGAAUGCCUAUGGAUAGUUAGUCCUAUGGACUAUUAUGUGGGGAAAGAUUGAUGAUGACUGAUCUGGAAACAUUGAAGUGUCUGAAGUAUUUAGCCUUUUAAAUGUUAGCGGUAUGGGAUUAUUCCCAAAUACUUUUAUUUUUUUGAGUUUAGCUUUAUGCCAUUAUAAUAAAAGUAAUGUUUAUUAAUCUUGACCUGGUUAUGAAACUAUCAUAAUUUCAUAAAGAGAUGCCCAUUCUUUCCCGACUCAAAAUAAGUGCACCCUUCUGUCUAAAUUGAAGACGAAUAGUAAGUUAGUCACGCCUGUACCUAGUUCUCAGAAUUGCUAUUUAAAGUGUUUUAAUGAGCAUUUGUCAUUAGUGUUGAUAAUCAUUCUUCUGUAAAGACAUUCAUUGCCAUUGUCUUUUUUUUUGGUUUAUGAUAACUUAUUAGCGGGUCAGUGGUUAAGGACCUAAUGAGAAGGACAUGUUUAUAAACAUUAUUUAAGGUAAUUCGUUGUGCAAAGCUUCAGAAGAACACUGACUGUUAAAGCUAUCCCUAACCACGUUUAUUUGUAGGUGUGCAAAGAAUUUGCCAUUCAAACCAUAUUUCUCUCUAUCCUAUGUAUGAAUGGUACUUUUGCAUUUUACAUUGCACAAUUAGUACUGCACUCUACUGGCUUAGUCAACCCGUAAAAGUAUUGAGCUAUGUUUGAGAAGAAUCUGGAAAUAAUUGUUUCAUUUUCUAUAGUUAUGUGAUUCCCAGUGUCAGCAGUGUAACCACUGAUCGAUUUUCUAAGGUACACUUGAGUGUUUACGGAUGUGGUUGAUGACAAGCUGUUAUUGGUCAUUCUGUUUUAGUGCCAAACCAGAGACUGGCCCUGCUGUGGUUCUUAUGAUUUCUGGUGUGCUUCUCCAUUUGUGCCUUAUUUCUGUGUAUAUUUUCAUACUGUAUAUCCUACUGGACACAUGUCAAUUCAAUGUAAUUUCAUUGAAAUGACAUGGAAACAACUGAUUCAACCAGUGUGUGUGCCCAGUGGGAUGGGUUAUGGACAUUUACUGUACUCUUCUACAGAGAUGAUACAGUAUUAAACAGUCAUUUUUUUGAGAUUGUUCUCAAUGGAUGAUUGUGUAACGUGGCAUGCUUGUUAAGCGAAGACUGGUGGUGGGAACAAAAUGAUAUUGUUUGUUAUGUUCUUCUGCAACUCCCCAAAAGAUCUUGGGGAAAAAUGAUUUACACAGAUGAAUCAGUGUUAUGUCCUCUGUGGGCAUAUCUGAUAGAAGGAAUAGCCAACCAACACCACCUUCCUUUUCUCCACGCUACAGUCCCUGGAGUUGUGUUUUUGAAAACAAGCCUAAAUAAUUUAUAUUUGUGAGAAAGCCACUCCAUGUGAAAUAUACUGUCAAUAUGUUUAUAGACAUAUGUAUUAAACUUUGCUACAUUAUAAAA